CAGAAUCACGAUCAGUUAAAAGGAAAAAUAAAAUCAGAAUCAUAAGGUGGGUAGAGGCUACGAAAACUUGUAACAGACGAUCUUACUCUCUCUCUCCAUUUCAUGUCAUACGUAAGUUUUGGCUAUAUAUUGAGUGUCUCAUGUGGUUUCAUCACUGAUAAUAUACCUCCCAAGAACAACAGUUAAGGCCAAUGGAAAACGGGGUAUCAACCAAAUGGGGUUUCCGCGCAAACGAAGGCCUAACAGCAGCAGCAGCAGUGACAGUUCGUGGAGUUCUCGAUGCGUUAAAUUCUAAUCUCAACAAAGAAGAUGAAAGAACAGUCAUUCCUCUUGGCCAUGGCGACCCUUCUGCUUUCCCAUCUUUUCUUACCGCUUCUGCUGCCGAAGAUGCCAUUGUUGAUGCCUUAAAAUCUGCCAAGUACAACUGCUAUUCUCCUACUGUUGGUCUCCUUCCUGCUAGAAGGGCUAUUGCAGAUUACCUUAAUAUUGAUCUCCCAUACGAGUUAUCGCCAGAUGAUGUUUUUGUCACACUUGGAUGUACACAAGCUAUUGAAGUCUCGUUAACUGUUCUUGGUCGACCUGGUGCUAACAUUUUGCUUCCAAGACCAGGUUUCCCAUACUAUACAGGUAUAGCGGCACAAACUCAUUUGGAGGUUCGCCAUUUUGAUCUUCUACCUGAAAAGGGUUGGGAGGUUAAUUUUGAAGCUGUUGAGGCUCUGGCAGAUGAGAAUACUGCUGCCAUGGUUAUCAUAAACCCUGGCAAUCCUUGUGGAAAUGUCUAUAGCUAUGAACAUUUAAAGAAAAUUGCAGAGACAGCUAGAAAGCUUGGAAUUUUAGUGAUUGCGGAUGAAGUAUAUGCCCAUCUUACAUUUGGGAGUACCCCGUUCGUGCCAAUGGGAGUCUUUGGAUCAGUUGUGCCUGUCCUUACACUUGGAUCUAUAUCAAAGAGAUGGAUUGUUCCUGGCUGGAGACUUGGCUGGCUAGUCCUUAGUGAUCCCAAAGGCAUCCUUCAAGAAACUGGGGUUGUUGAUUCCAUCACGAGCUGUCUUAACAUCUCCAGUGAUCCGGCAACCUUCAUUCAGGGCGCAAUUCCACAAAUCCUGACAAACACAAAGAAGGAUUUCUUUUUUAAAAUUAAUAACUUACUGCAGGAGGCUGCAGAACUAUGCUAUGACAGAAUCCAGGACAUCCCUUGCAUUACUUGCCUGAGGAAACCAGAAGGUUCGAUGUUUCUAAUGGCAAAACUGAAUUUGUCAUCACUGAAAGGCAUCGAGGAUGAUAUGGACUUCUGUCUGAAGCUGGCUAAAGAGGAAUCAGUCAUAGUUCUACCAGGGAUAACUGUAGGAUUGAAAAAUUGGCUUCGCAUAACUUUUGCCAUUGAACUUUCAACCCUUGAAGUUGGCCUUGGCAGGAUAAGAGCUUUCUACGAAAGGCAUGCCAAGAAGCAGUGAGGAUCAUAUCAGAACAUAUAGCAGGGGAUCAAUAACAUCGCGUUGAUCUUCAGGCUCUAUUGCAAUCUGAAUUUCUAGCUACUAGUUUGUCAAGGAAUAAUGCAAUCAGAAACAUGAGAAGAGCUGAGCUAUAACCAAUUUCGUGUUGGAUAUCAAGGAAGUUCUAAACCUUAGAACUCAAGUGUCAUUAGAUGUCUAAAAUAUUUGUAUCAGAGUGUAGUUGGUUCAGUUAGAUAAACUACCAGUAAAGCUCAUCAUUUCAUAGUGGCAUGUUAGAAUCUACUUGAGCAAUAAAGAUCGCCCUUUCUUAGUAAUCGAAACGUACAAGGGGUGUAUUGGAGGGGAUCCCAACUCUGUGUUGGAUCUCAAGUCGUAAUUGCUUGUUCUUCCUACAAUGUUCUAGACUUUAGAACUGAAGUAGCAUCAGAUGUUUAAAAUCCUUGUAAUGUUGUUCAUACUUAGUUUAUCUGUCAGAAAUAUCUCAAUAUUCUAUAA